UAAACAAACAAUCAAAAAGCCGCUAAGAAGAGCAGCUGUUCAGUUUCGUUUGUUUGCCGUAGCCGACAAACUAAUACCAGUCCUGCGGGGUUUUCACGUUUGCUUGCAACAAUUCGUGUAGCUUUAUCCCAAAUUAACAUCCGUUGUCAAUCGUACUAGUUCAGCGCAUAGCAGAGUGUUAACCAAAUUCCCUGCAAACACCGUUUACGCCUAGCUGGUGAAUCGCUUCAAGGACUGCAGUUUUCUUGCGGCCUGCUCCGGCUUGCCUUGAUUUAGAAAGUUAAACUUUAAGUGUUUUGUGGCCUGUUGCGUGUUGCUUCCUCGCAGUUCGCUCAAACCAGUCCAGCGGAAUAGUUUGCCAAGCGAUGAUGCAAAUGAACAAUAUCAGCCUGACCGACAGCAUGACGUGGGAACAUGUUCCACGAUGUCCGACAUUGGUGAAUUACAAAUACCAGACGCAGAAGGAAAUGCCGGCACGAUUUAUAUUCGAAUGUGCUCAAAAGCUGAACAUGAAACCGCUCACUUCUGCCACGGCAGCAAUCCUGUAUCAUCGGUUUUUUAGAGAGCUUGACGACACAGAAUAUGAUCCGUAUAUGAUCGCCUGCUCAUGCCUCUAUCUGGCCGGUAAAAUAAAGGAUGACAAAGUAAGGAAGCGAGACGUAAUCAACGUGGCGCACAAUACAAUCAACCGUGGCGCACCGCCACUCGAACCGUGCGACGAGUAUUGGUCGAUGUGGGACACGAUAGUGCAGGCCGAACUGUUUAUUGCACGGAUGCUCAAGUUCGAUAUGACGAUUGUGCAUCCGCACAAGUACAUGCUACACUUUAUGAAAUCGCUGCAGGAUCUGUUCGGUGCCAAGGAGUGGCACUCGAUGCCCGUUGCAAAGGCGGCAGCCGCGUUCCUGCAAGACUUUCACCACAGUAGCAAAAUUCUCGAUUAUAAACCGGCCCACACGGCGGUCUGCUGUCUUGCGCUAGCUUUCCAGGUUUACGGCGUGCCGGUGCCGCUGAUGGACGAAACAGAUGAGACUACCAAUUGGUACAAUGUGUUCUGUCCGGAACUUUCGCGCGAAACGUACUGGGAAAUAAUGGAACAUAUUAUGGACGUGUACAAUAUUGAGACAAUCAUGAACGAGAACUAAAAUGCAGCUCCAGGGAGAUGCUCCUACAGUUUUGAAAGUAUUGUGGAAGCAAAUCUUCCAGUUUCCUCAUCGCCAUCAUCAUUAUCGUGUUGAACGAUAUCGAAACAAUCUCCAUUAUUUCGUGAUACAAACUGACAGAAUAGUGAUGUACUCCCAACGGCUUCUGCUGGCUGGAAGAGUAUAGCGUGUAAGCAGCAAAGAGGCAGGCAUACUUGUAUUAGCUUGCAAAGCACUUGAAUACGGUGCGUAAAUAAACUUUUCUUUAUUUCUCAUA